CUCCAAUCUGAUCUAACUGUCCAACCACGGCAACACUUCCCAGCGAAAGCACUCCCACUACAGCUCUCGGACCGCCACCUUCCUGCUUGUCCGACACGACAAACCACACAUACUCUCCGCACGUCAUCGUCAGCUCGCAACACACACCCGACAACCCACCAUGGCUGUCGCGGACACGACCAACACGAGCAAGCAAAUAGAGGAAGCGUCCACGCUAGCGAAGACAGAGCCCGCAAAGGCUGAGCAGGUGUACAAAGAGGUGCUCGCAAAAGACCCAGGCUCAAAUGAGGCGGCCAUCAAGAACUACGAGAGCGCGCUAGUCGGGCUGGGGGAGCUGUACCGGGACCAGAAGAGGGUGGACGCACUUGCGGAGUUGGUGAGACAGGCGCGAUCGGUCUUGUCAUCGUUUGCCAAAGCAAAGACAGCCAAGCUUGUGCGACAACUCCUUGACCUCUUCACCAAAAUCCCGAACACGACCGACACUCAAAUUGGCGUUACGAAGUCAUGCAUAGAGUGGGCCGUGUCAGAGCGGAGGGGCUUCUUACGGCAGAACCUUGAGACCCGCCUCGUCUCGCUGUACAUGCAAAAGCAAUCAUACUACGAGGCCCUGACACUCAUCAACAGCCUGCUCAAGGAGCUGAAGCGCCUAGAUGACAAGCUUGUCUUGGUUGAGGUUCAGCUUCUGGAGUCGAGAGUCUACCAUGCGCUAGGCAACAUACCCAAGGGACGCGCCGCCCUGACGUCCGCACGAACUUCCGCCGCCUCAGUCUACACCCCACCUCUCCUGCAAGCAGGCCUGGAUAUGCAGAGUGGUAUGCUGCACGCCGAGGAUGGCGACUUCAACACCUCCUUCUCCUACUUCAUCGAAGCAAUGGAGGGCUACCACUCGCAGGAUGAAGAGAAGAAAGCCACAUCAGCACUCCAAUACAUGCUCCUCUGCAAGAUCAUGCUCAACCUCGGCGACGACGUGUCCCAGCUCAUGACGUCGAAGCACGCCAUCAAGUACGCAGGAAAGCGCCUCGAAGCCAUGAAGGCCGUAGCGCGCGCACACACAAACCGCAGUCUCGAGGAGUACGAGACGGCGUUGACGGAAUACCGCCAGGAGCUCGGCAGCGACCGCUUCAUCACAAGCCAUCUCCGCCGCCUGUACGACAACAUGCUCGAGCAGAACCUCAUCAAGGUGAUUGAGCCGUACAGCCGCGUUGAGAUCGAUCAUGUCGCCAAGAUGGUCGGGCUCGACACGGUGCAGGUCGAACGCAAGCUCUCGCAAAUGAUCCUCGACAAGGUCAUCAUUGGAGUUCUGGACCAAGGCGCGGGUUGCCUGAUCGUAUACGAUGAGUCGGAGCGCGAUCAGGGGUACGACGCGGCGUUGGACACGAUCGAGAAGCUGGGCAAUGUCGUUGAUGUGCUGUAUGCGAACCAAGCGUCUCUUUUGGAGUGAGAGAAAGUAGCUAGAUAGGAGUAGUGAAGACUAGGGAGGCGCGCCCUGCUGCGAUUGAACAUGAAAACUCAUGUAUCAUCAACAUAGACGGUUUGCAGCCAAUAUAACGACGAGAUGUGAUUGUUGGAUGUUUGGAACAUGUCUGUCCAUGUGUGUGAGCUGGUCUGAAGAACUGACAUGAAUUGAUGAACGUUGUGAGCGGUUUUUGCACAAUCCAUACAUCAUAGCACAGCAUAUACAUCGAGGCACAGAUACUUAGGGGGAAAACGACUUUUCUUGACU